AUAUUUAAAAGAUUUUUCCAGGUUUUGAUUUGUUCUUCAACUCUCAGCUUUACGGAAUCGUCUCCGCCUUUCUCUCACCUUGCCAAUCUCCAGCUUCAACCGCCAAAAGUCGCCUUGAGAUUUAAGAUUCAAAGCAAACGAAGAAUCGAUAAUCGCAGAGCGCCACGGGUUUUCUCAGACGGAAUUAGGAAAUGGUGAAAAGGCAUGGAGAGUUUUGAUUUGCUUAAGAUAUCAUGUCGCAGUGCGUAGACGGUUUCAAGCAUUUAUGCACCUCUGUUUUAGGGUGUUUUGAUCUCGAUUUAUAUAAACAAUCCGGAGGACUUGGAGACCCUGAGUUGCUUGCGAGAGACACUGUUUUUAGUGUGAGUGAAAUAGAAGCUCUUUAUGAGCUGUUUAAGAAAAUCAGCAGUGCCGUGAUUGAUGAUGGGCUAAUAAACAAGGAAGAGUUUCAGUUGGCUUUGUUUAAGACAAAUAAAAAAGAGAGCUUGUUUGCUGAUCGGGUUUUCGAUUUGUUUGAUACAAAACACAAUGGAAUACUGGGGUUUGAGGAGUUUGCUCGUGCUCUCUCUGUCUUUCACCCAAAUGCGCCUGUAGAUGACAAAAUCCACUUUUCAUUUCAGCUAUAUGAUCUUAAACAGCAAGGGUUCAUCGAACGUCAAGAGGUGAAACAAAUGGUUGUGGCUACGCUUGCUGAAUCCGGAAUGAAUUUGAAGGAUACUGUCAUAGAGGAUAUAAUUGACAAGACGUUUGAGGAAGCAGACACGAAACACGAUGGAAAGAUCGAUAAAGAAGAGUGGAGAAGCCUUGUUCUUAGACAUCCCAGCCUUCUUAAGAACAUGACUCUUCAGUAUCUCAAGGACAUUACGACUACGUUUCCGAGCUUUGUGUUCCAUUCUCAGGUUGAAGAUACCUGAAACAAA